CUGCGAUUCUCUUUCCGCGCGCGCCAUAUAUCUUUCUGCGACUUAGCUUCUGAAAGAAUCCUCCAAGACGCACCAAACGUCCAAUCCUAAGCUAUCUCGCUUGGCUGCCGCCAUGGAUCCGCCCACCACCGCGGGCAAGCGCAAGCGCCCGGCCGCUGCCGCUGCCGCCGUCGACGAGGUGUCCGACGCCGAUGUCGAGGAGUUCUACGCCAUCCUCCACCGCCACCGCCGCAUGCUCGACGCCUCCCGCCACCCCGUCUCCGGCGCCGGCGCCCGAGCGGGGACCCAAACUCCCACGCACAUGCCGGCGCCGUGGCGCCCCAGCUUCUCCAUGGCGGACUUCGCGCAGCCCGCUCCGACGCCGGCGGCGGUUCCGGCGCUGCGGCAGCAGCAACUGCCGGUGGCCGGCAACGCCACGCCGCCACGGCGUCCCGCCAGCAUCGCCCUCGACCUCAACGCAGAGCCGGAGCCCCAGGAGCCGCCCACCCCGCGUCCAGAGCGCGACCAGGCGUAGGGACGAAGACGACGCGCGCGCGCGCUCUGCCUAAGUAUGUACUACUACGUAUACAUGCACAUUUACAUGACGGCGCGGCCGGGUUCUUACUGAUGAUCUGCUAAUCACCGGCCGAUGCUCUGCCUAACAGUCACUGGCUUGUAAUUCGGCAUGCUUAAACAAUACCGACGUCUCGUUAAUUAUCUUCCAGGUGAGACUUGGAAGGAGAGUCCAUCGACUGAUACUAAUCACUGCAUUGGACACCAAAAUUGUUGAUCGGGUGUUACCGUUUCAUAAUCGCUUCCUUAGUUAUAGCCCGAUGCGGUAUUUUGGCUCAUACUACACCUAUUGAUUAUAAAAAUAUUGGAAUUGCUAAGUUUCAGCUAGCGAGAUAUAGCUUAUGUCUUAGUCACGUGUUCUACCGUUGGAUUUUGUUUCUGCUUAAAGAUUCGUGUUUGUUAUUGUUUGCACUUUGUCUAGACCCGCAUUGUGAUACACACUCAUGUAAGGUAUUGCAGGAAAAAAACA